UCAAAGUUCAGAGGUAGCUAAUAUAUUAGAAACCGACCUACAAAUCAGCUCUACUGUAGAAGAAACAUCAGAUGGUACAUCCGAAGAAACGUCGGAAGAAGAUCCCUCGCUUCGUGGAAAAGCUUCAAGAAUUACCCGUGCUCAGAGAAGAGUGGAUAAUAUAAUUCAGGAAUUGGGUAUGCCGGUUGAAGGUGUAAUGAACGAUGUUAAUGAAGAAGAACAUGACCAAACCGAAGCUACAGAAUCGGCUGGA